CUGGCCGCCGCCGCAGACCCGGCACGGAGAGGCGCGGCGCGCGGAGCCAGUGAGGCGGACGGGCGCACUGGGGCCUCGCCGCCGCCGCGCCGUCCUCCCUCCUCCGCUCCCUCCGCCCCUCCCCUGGCGGCCGCGCAGCCUGGAAGCCGGCGAAGGAAGCCGCGGCGCCGCUGCUCGAAGCCCGCAGCUCGGGCGCGGGUACCAGCGCUGAGGCGAGGGCGGCGGGCGCGCGGAGACCGUGGAGAGAGCGGAGCGUGCGAGUGUUGGUGUCUGAGAGUCCGGGCUGCAUCCGUGACCGAAGCACACCCCCACCAUCCCCAUCCCCGACCCGGACCCCCGACCCGGCCCCGGCCCCGGCCCCGGCCCCAACCCCAACCCGGGUCUCCGCAGCCCCGCCGCCUCCCCGCCUGAGCUCCGAGGCACGCACGGCACAGUCAUGAACACCAACGAUGCUAAGGAAUAUCUGGCCCGGAGGGAAAUCCCUCAGCUUUUCGAGAGCCUUUUGAAUGGACUGAUGUGUUCCAAGCCAGAAGACCCAGUCGAGUACUUGGAAAGUUGUUUACAGAAAGUAAAGGAACUGGGUGGCUGUGACAAGGUGAAAUGGGAUACAUUUGUCAGCCAGGAAAAGAAGACCUUACCUCCGCUAAAUGGAGGACAGUCCCGGAGAUCCUUUCUACGAAAUGUAAUGCCUGAAAAUUCAAACUUUCCAUAUCGGCGUUAUGACCGGCUUCCUCCAAUUCAUCAAUUCUCCAUAGAAAGUGACACGGAUCUGUCUGAGACUGCAGAGUUGAUUGAGGAGUAUGAGGUUUUCGAUCCUACUAGACCUCGACCAAAAAUUAUUCUUGUCAUAGGUGGUCCUGGAAGUGGAAAAGGUACUCAGAGUUUGAAAAUUGCAGAACGUUAUGGAUUCCAAUACAUUUCAGUGGGAGAAUUGCUAAGAAAGAAAAUCCACAGUACCAGCAGCAACAGGAAGUGGAGUCUGAUUGCCAAGAUCAUUACAAAUGGAGAACUGGCACCUCAGGAAACAACAAUUACAGAGAUAAAACAGAAACUGAUGCAGAUACCUGAUGAAGAAGGCAUUGUCAUUGAUGGAUUCCCAAGAGAUGUUGCCCAGGCGCUGUCUUUUGAGGACCAAGUAAGAUUGUCUCCUUUUAUUUUAAAUGGCCUGCUUUUUGCUUUAAAUUUUGAGAUAAAAAAAAAGAUUUCCUGGAAGACUUGCUAUUCUCCUGUUGCAAACUUGUCUGUCCUGAUUUCUCCCCAGUUUGAUGCUGACCGAGAUGAGGAUGCAGUAUUCUAUGACAUCAGCAUGGCAGUUGACAACAAGUUAUUUCCAAACAAAGAGGCUGCAGCAGGGUCAGUUGACCUUGAUUCUACGAUGAUGCUGGACUCUGGAGAGUUCAUUGGUACAGGAUCUGAUUAUGAAGAUCAGGCAGAUGACCAGUUAAAUCUAUUUGGACAGGACUCCAUGGCAGGCUUCAUGGAAGAUUUGAGGAAGUGUAAAAUAAUUUUCAUGAUGGGUGGCCCUGGCUCUGGCAAAGGCACACAGUGUGAGAAGCUGGCGGAAAAAUACGGAUUCACACAUCUCUCCACUGGCGAGCUCCUGCGUCAUGAACUGGCGUCAGAAUCUGAAAGAAGCAAAUUGAUCCGAGACAUCAUGGAGCGUGGAGACCUGGUGCCCUCAGGCAUCGUUCUGGAGCUCCUGCGGGAGGCCAUGGUGGCCAGCCUCCGAGACACCCAGGGCUUCCUGAUCGACGGCUACCCCCGGGAAGUGAAGCAAGGGGAAGAGUUCGGGCGCAGGAUUGGAGACCCACACUUGGUGAUCUGCAUGGACUGCUCCGCAGAUACCAUGACCAAUCGCCUUCUCCAAAGGAGCCAGAGCAGCCCGCGUGCGGACGACGCCACCAAGACCAUCGCCAAGCGCCUCGAGACCUACUACCGAGCAUCCAUCCCCGUGAUUGCCUACUACGAGACCAAAACACAGCUCCGGAAGAUAAACGCUGAAGGAACGCCAGAGGAAGUUUUUCUUCGGCUUUGUGCAGCUAUUGACUCUAUUUUCUGAAGGCAACAAUGCAUGUUAAGAAGAGUGGAAACAGAGAAAGCCAGUAAAGGUCCAUCCCUUAACACAGUGUUUCAAGUUAAACCUUUUGUGCUCUCCCCUCCUGACAUCAGUGUUUGCUUCUCAGCCAGACCUGUGUGAGAGGUGUCUGGAAAUCACGCAUGGUGUCUUUGGGACUAUCAGCCUUUCUUCCCGCUUCAGGAGAGCUGUCCUCACAGCACACACAGUUUCUAUCGUUUAGUCUGCAGCUCAGAGCCAAGUCAGGACGGGCCAGUCAUGCCCCCAGGACCUGCUGGAGUCCUGAUCAUUUGGUUCAACACCCUUAAUCCCCUCUCCCAUCUUCCUGUCCCUGCAGGAUUCCUACACUGUUCCCUGAAGGUCCUCACGGUGGGGGCGGCCCCGGGCAUGCGUGCUCUGGCGGCUGAGUCUCCUCUCUCAUCCACCAGUGGCUCAGAGACAGAGGGGGGUUGACUAGAAGAUGGCAUGUACGCUGUGGUGGUGGUGGUGGGGGGCAUCAAGCAAGUAAAACUUGACAGAAUUUUUUUUAAGUGAAACUGCCAUUUCCAAGACAGCAAGUCCCAGAUUAGUCGUAAAUAACAUUCUGUAUUUACUUUUAGGAAACUGGCCACUUGGGAUACUCUCAUAAUGGCUAAGAGAACAAGUUUGACAGAUUGUAUAACCUAGUCGCCUCUCUACAUGGUGUUGUAAUUUCAGCAAUUAUAAAUGACUAUCAAUGACCACAAAUAAUUUGAAAACCUGAGAUGACUUGUUAUUUACUGGACAAAUACCAACUUAUAAUUUUGAUUUGUAAUUAUCAACUGUUUACUUAUUGCCAAGCAAGCUACAAAUACAGUAAUAACAAAACUAUGUGGGUUGGAGGGCCUGUUAAGAGGGUGUGCACAAAUUCUAGUGUUGUACUUGUUUCACAGGGGCCUUUCCCAGGGCUUUACAACCUUGCAUCCAACCAGUGAAGUCUGGGUUCUCACCUGUGCUACCACGUGUCAGACCACAGCUUCUUAGGUAUCCUAAUGAAAUAACUGCAUCUUCUACGCCGUCAUUACAAAGGACCAUAGUUUCAGUUUGCAUGAUUUUUUUCUUCAGUGGUUGUGCAGAUAAGAAUCCAUUUCCAGGACAGAAUUGUAUUUUUAAAAGUCAUUUUUUUUUCUUGAAAUGGAUAUGUAUAAAUAAAAUAAAUGGAAGACAGGAUAAA